AUGCCUUCAUUUCACAAUCGCCAACUAGUGCCAUCAUUCUGUGGCGCUCUGCACAAGAGAUUUGCGCAAUUGCAAGGCCAGAUGCAGUGGUCUCUAUGGAAGGAGUACUUGUCGUGCAAAGACCUCAGCGUAUGCGAUAUAACCGUUGCCAUCGAUCAGUACGAGAACAUAUGGGACGUUUUCUAA